AUGGCCGAUCAGCACUUCCAGCCGCCCCUUCAUUUCCAAGGCAGCUAUGGCCAGCAGCAACCGCGGUCUUACCAGGUGGCCAAGGCGGCCACUGCAGUCACCGCGGGUGGCUCCCUGCUAGUGCUCUCCGGUUUGGUCCUUGCUGGCACGGUCAUUGCGUUGACCAUCGCCACUCCGCUGCUCGUCAUAUUCAGUCCGGUUCUUGUCCCUGCUUUGAUCACCGUGGCGCUGAUAACGAUGGGGUUCUUGACUUCCGGUGGAUUUGGUGUGGCGGCCGUCACGGUGUUGUCGUGGAUCUACAAGUACGUCACCGGGAAGCAGCCACCAGGGGCUGACCAACUGGACCAGGCUCGUCAUAAGUUGGCUGGGAAGGCGAGGGAUAUUAAGGACAGGGCUGAGCAAUUUGGCCAACAGCAUGUCCCCUCUGGUCAGCAACAGAGUUCUUAA